AUGGACACCGAUCAAGGCCGCGCUCGCAAGGAGCCCAAAGAGCACACCCGACUUUACAGGGAGUUGUUGGAUGCCAUUGAAGGAAGCAAAGAGACCAGUACCCUUGAGACUGUUUCCGCACUGUUUCCCAAUCUCACGGUGAAGGCUGAGCCGGAGGACGAGACAAAGACAUCCAGCCAAGUCAUGGACACUGAUCAAGGCCGCCCUCGCAAGGAGCCCAAAGAGAACACCCGACUUUACAAGGAGGUGUUGGAUGCCGUUGAAGGAAGCAAAGAGACCAGCACCCUUGAAACUGUUACCGCACUGUUUCCCAAUCUCACGGUGACGGCUGAGCUGGAGGACGAGACAAAGACCAGUUCCCAUGUUACUCCAACGAACGGUCUUGAUCGAACUGCAUCCAGUCCGCCACGGGAAGUAUCAUCCAAAAAGAUGCAUGUCUUCGGAAGUGAGCCGAGCAAACCUGCUCACUACACUCCGCCAACGUCCCGUCUGAAUAAGAAUGAGAGUCGCGAGGUGGGUGCUCAGCACAAAGAAGAGCCGUCGAGCUUGUUUCGUGCUCCUUCGCCAAGCUACCCGAUGCUACCGCGGCCGGCGAACAGCAAGAUGGAGUCCGACCGUCCAAGCACGACCCAAGGUUACCGGAGCCUGGAUUACAGCACAAAGUCAUCGCGGCCAGCCAAAAGUAAGAUGGAGUCCGACAGUCCAAGCAUGACCCAAGGUCACCGGAGCCUAGAUUACAGCACAAAGUCAUCGCUGCCAGCCAAAAGUAAGAUGGAGUCCGACCGUCCAAGCACGACCCAAGGUCACCGCAGCCUGGAUCAGUAUCCCAGCACACAGUUAUCGCAGCUAGCCUACAGCGAGAUGGAGGUCAAGGCUCCAUCCAAGAACGUGUUCGCCAUCGAGGAUUGGUACAAAGGGGUGGCUCGCACUACAACUCCGUCCGCCGGGGCUGUAGUGCCAUUAUUCAACCCCACGCUACCCUCGCAGCGAACCACACGCAAGUCGGUGGCCUUUAAAUCUCCCGCGAGCGUGACUCCCUCCUCCCCUGGCAACCUGUUCACCAGUCACAACGAGAAUCGCCAGACUCCGUUCCAGCAGCCGAACGCGGAGUCGACUAUUAGCAAGCUCGUAAGCGGUGAAAAGGGAGAUGACGGUGCUGAUGGCAGUGAAGAUGCUCCGUAA